AGGAAAGUUAGUUUUAGGCACACUUUGCACCAGUUCUGGCACUACUAACACAGUACUCUCACCUAACUAUCCAUUAUAACUGUAUUCAUAUAUAAUGUGUUUAACUCAGUAACUGUUUGUUUGGGCCAUAACUUGUUGUGCUUAAAGUUUUUUAAAACAUUAAAACAAAUGAUAUAAUUGUUUGUGUUUUGUGUUAUAUCGAUAGUCAAUAUUGGGAUAAAACAGUUAACAACAACAACAGUGAAGCACAACAGCAAUGCCUUCACACCUGUCAUUGCUUAGGCAUUUGGCACUGUUAGCCAUAAUACAGUUAUGGCUUAUAGACGAUACCGUGGGAGUUGUGCCCCAAAUAACCUCAUUGAACGUACACUGCGAUCGCACCGGUAUGAGAGUGAGUGUCAAUUUUGAUUCAGCUUUCAAUGGAAUCAUCUUUUCAAAGGGUCAUUACAGUGAUAUGGGAUGUCGGUACGUUCAGCCUAACAGUGCCUCAACAACAACUGAUUUUGAGAUUCCUGUGGAUAAAUGCGGGACAAACACACUGGACAUCGAUGGUGAAGACGGAACACCACCUAAACGUGGGUUUGAGAAUAUUCUAGUUUUCCAAAACGAUCCGACAUAUCAAGAGGUGUUUGAUCACGCGAGGAUGGUUGUCUGCAGAUAUACCAUUGAAGAUGACUUCGACCUCAAAGAAAAACGAGUAGUCUUUAAGCCCGUUGUCAUCGAUAUGUUAGAUGUCGUCAGCAUACCUAUAAGAGAUGUGGACGGAGAGUCAAGUAGAGUGGACUGUUGGAUGGAAAUUACAAAAGGAAGGUUCCCACAGACAAAUCCUAUUGAUAGUGCCGUCAAAGUUGGAAGUCCUUUAACAUUAGCCAUCUUUGUUAGAGAUGCCCGAAAACGUACUGAUCUUCGAGUUAAAGACUGUUACGCUUACGAUGACCCACAAGUAGCCGAAAAUAAUGGUCCGGCGCUCCUACAGCUUACAGAUUUUGAAGGCUGUCCCACUAAACCUAAAUUAAUUGAAGUUUGGCGAAGAACUCAUGACGCGGGCCCUUCCGGUGCUACUAUUAUUGCAUUUACAACUGUAACUGCAUUUAAAUUUCCUGACCGUCAGGAUCUUCAGUUGACGUGUAAUAUAGAGUUGUGUCGCAAUCAAUGCGCUCAGAGAUGUGCGUCUGAAAUGCCGGGACCGGUAGCAAUAGGUGCAUGGUCCAGAGAAAUUGAUGACGGAUCAGCUCCUCCAUCUGCACCCACUACUGCUUCCACAUCAACAUCAACAGAGAGUGAUGGCGACGAUGAAGAAGAAGGUGAAGAUAAUUCUGAAACUGAAGGAACCACUUCAACGACUCCCGCUUCAAGUGAUGGCGACAGUGAUACUGACUCUGAGUCUGAUUCUGAUAGUGAUUCUGAAGAAGAAACGACAACCACUACUGAAGCUUCAGAAGGAGAAGAAGAUGAUAGCGAAGAGACUACAACUACGACAGAGGCCUCAGAAACGUCUGAUACUGACGACGAAUCAGAGUCUAAUGGAGAUAAUGAAAGUGAUUCUGGAAAAGAAGAUUCUAGUGAUGACUCUAAUUCUGAAACUGAAGCUAAAGAUGAAGAGUCGGACACCGAAAGCAGUAAAGAAGACGAAAAUACAGAUAAUGAAGACAGUAGUGAUGAAGACACCGCAGAAAGUUCUGCCAAAAUUAAAGAAAGUCCGGUUAAUAAAAAUACUAAAAAGACAACAACGACGACAACAACAACUACUACUACAACAACUACAACACCUCCAACCACAACAACUACUAAGAAGUCAAAAGCUGCCAAAAAACCUAAAUCUAAAAACAAAGCAAAAACAUCAACAUCUAAGCCACCAAAAUCUGCGGCACAAAUCAGACAAACGGAUGCUAUUAAUUCAAUUGUUGAACAAAUUCAUUGGUCUACAUCAACAUUAAGACCAUUGAGGGAAUUAAUGGACUCUAGUGUUGAAAGAGAAAGACCAAAAAAUUCAAAGAAAUCUAUAACAACAACAUCUUCUACUACAACCACUACUACACCGCCAACAACUAAAUCAAACAAAAAAUCGACUAAAAAGUCAUCACAAAAGCCAACGAUUGAAAAGCCAUCAAAUCAGGUACGAGUGGCCCGAGCGCCGUAUGCUUCACAUCCCGAUGAGUUCCCACACCUACACCUUGAAGAAAACAAAAGAGAAAUUUUAUUAUCUACUAGACGUCCCAAUCCUUUUUAUAAGAUAAGGUCUUUAUUUGACACCAAAACCACAACAACUACCGCUCAACCAUUGGCUCAAAACUUUGCAAAUCAUGUCAUACAAGACAUGUUUUUACCGAUGAAUACAACAAACACUGAAAGCACUACUAUUAGACCAGUUAUUAUCAGACGAUUUAGAUAUAGAAAUGAUAACAAUGGUAAUGAUUUCAAUCAAAACAAUAGUACGACAAGUAAUCCAAUUGCAAAUCAAAGACAACAACAACAGAUAAGAAGAAGGAAUGGUAUUUUUGAUGAUAACACCAAUUAUGAGGCCAUAAAUAGUUAUUAUAAUUAUCAACCCCUAAGAAUCAAUAGACCACAUCAUCGAGUGGUCAGAUCUGUUGACUUAAGAUCUAGAGAUUCAAAGACAGAUUCAGUGAUAUUUCAUACAACAAUCCAUUCAGCCCUUCAAGUCUACUAAAAGAUUAGUAUUAUAGUUGAGAUGCAGAUGAAGAUAAAGAUUAGGAAGAGAUGGCGAGGCAUAUCAUACAUGUCCUCAAUUUUAGUCCAUUUAAUUAUUAUUAUUAUUAAUU